AGAGAAAAGCGAUAUAGGCAGAUUUUGAUUGGCUGUUGGCUAGCUGGCUUCUUAUUGGUCUAAAAUAUAAGUAAAAAUGGCAGUCUCUUUAUUUUGACACGGAAAGUUACAGUCAGUUUAAAGUCAGUCUUAACUUACCAUAAUAUAACGGCGUGUUAAUUUUUUUGGUGUGAGUGUAGUGUGAUAGUCACACGCUAUUUGGAUGCAUUUGUAGUAUUUAAAGUACAUUGAGAUAUAUGGGAAUGUCUAGUAAGUGAAUAUAAGUUAACAAUAAUUUUGAUGCAUUUAUUUUAAGUCCAAAAUAGGAUGUAUGCAUUUUUUGUUACUAUGGGAAUAGAAUUCAAUAAAAAUUGCUAAACGUAUAAUGUGUCUAAUUUUGGACAUGUAGAUAUAUGUAUGUAUUAAGUGAUCUACUUUUUUAAGUUUUCAGUUUAGUGACCUGUGGGAAUUGCACAUACUAGGUCAACAUAAAUAAAGUAAAUUUCCUAUGUCACAAAAGUGGUAUAUAAGCAAUGAAAUGCAUACAACUGUUCAUUUACUUGAAAUCAUUGUGUUGUGCACGUUAGGAAUUGUUAGAACCAUUAAAUGAUGUUGCAAAGUACUCCUACUGCGUCUACUUCACGGAAUGUGUCAUCUACAUUGUGUGAUGUAACAGCUACAUUCCAAAGGAUAAUGCUUUGCUGUGUAUUUUAUACAUGGAUGCAAUUUAAGGAAGCUUUAGAUGCAUUUAUGAAGGUACUAACUAAGUUGUUCAUUAUUUCUUUGAAAGGAAUCCAACACAUGGUAUCGGGUUGAUUCCAGUAAAAAGGAUCCAUCCGGUCCUAUGGAAUACGAGCAUGUGACGUUUAAAUGCACUUUUGCAAGUAAACGUGCUUCCCGAGGUGCUGGCUUUAGGAACAGAGGGUUCAAAAGUACUUCAUGUCAAUCAGUAAUUACAGUACGGCGCAAAUCCAACAUAUACAGGAUAACAAAGUACCAAACUGUGCAUAACCAUCCAUGCACAGCAAGUUUCAUGUCCAUUGAUGUAUCUAGACGUCGAUUAUCACCACAAGAAAUGGCAGUUAUACAACCGUUCAUUGAAAGGAAUACUGAUGUCCAUGAAGUAAUGGAUUUAGCGCAUGAUAAAUUUGGCAAAGCCCUGCUGUAUGAUGAUAUUAAAAACAUGCGGGCUAGGAUGUAUAAACAAAUCGGCAGUUUAGAAGACCUGCUUCAUCGACUAAGACAGACAGGUGCAGUUAGUGUUCUGCAUGACAACGCAGGCUUUGUAUCUAAAAUUAUUUUCGCUCGCAAUGAUAUGAUAGACUUGUAUCAUAAGUUUCCAGAAGUAGUUGGAAUUGAUUGUACCUAUAAAACGAAUAAGAUGGGAUGGCCUUUAUAUCAGUUUGUUGUGACUGAUGGAUUCGGAAGAGGAAGGACUGUUUUGUUUGCUCUGACUAGGAGAGAAAAGUUUGCAGAUAUCAAGGAGAUAUUGCAGACAUUUAAGAGAUUUAUGACUGAUACAUCAAAAACACUAACAUUCACUGUCGACUGUGCAACUGCACAGAUUAACGCUUUAAAGGAGGAAUUCCCUAGGUGCAGUAUUGUUUUAUGUCUUUUCCAUGUAUGCCAGGCAUUCCGAAGGAAGUUCCCAAAUAAACUUGUUAAAAAGUGGUUGUAUCGAAUGGCGCACACGCGCAGUUACAACAGGUUUUGGACUUAUCUAAAUCUCAUUAGUGUUAUAGACGCUGAGGCUGGUGCUUACAUUAGAAGGUACUGGCUAAGAACAAGGAAAUAUUGGGCUGCAUCGUGCAACCGGUUCGCCAUCACCAUGGGGAACAACACUAACAACAGAGUUGAGAAUGCUCACAGGCAGCUGAAGAGAUAUUUACGUAAAGGGGAUCCGCUGGAACUGACUUUAUGGAAAAUAUGGAAGUGGAUUGACCACACAACGAUGCGUAAAAUACGUCAGGGCCAGUGGAUGCUUUGUAAAUACUACAAUUACGAUGUACAUACUUCCCUGCAGCCCAUAUUACGGCGUCUCACACCCUUUGCUGCCAAGAAAGUUUUCUUAGACUUGCAAAGGCGAUCCUUCUUCUUUCAUUCAAUAUCUUCCACUUCAGUUAAUUACGCAGAAGGUGGUCACAUGUUCUUCGUAAACAGGGAUGAGGCGAAAUGCACGUGUUGGACAUACUGUGCAUACAAUUUGCCAUGUGCUCAUGUCGUUGAGGCUUUCUUAAAUUCAUAUCUAACCUGUGAUAUUCUGAGAAAUAGUGACAGGUGGACACGUCAGUAUAACACCACGGAGGACAUUCCACGAGCCAUCCGCCUAACACCGGAACCGAACAACGCGUUCAGAAAUGCUUAUGAACGUUUAAGACGUCGUCUCAACAUUCUGAACCAAAGAAAUCCGGAUGCUGCACUGCGGGAAGUAGCAGAGUUCACAAGAAGGUUGGACACUUUGCUAGCAAAUGAACCGCAAACAACUUUGAGAUUACGACGUGCCCCUGUUAAUCGAUCAUUUUUGUGAAAAUAUUUGCAUUACCUUAUUGUUUCCAUUUGUAUUCACAAUAUAAACAUUUAUGUCUAAACUGUGUUACAC